AUAAAUAGGGAGUUCUCACAUUUGAAAGCAUGAAAGAAUUUUCCAUGGGAGCCUCAACUUCGAUGAAAGAGAAGCAGAGGGCGUCCAGGAAGGGGCUCAACAGAGGGCCGUGGACGGCGGAGGAGGACCGGAGAAUUGCAGCAACCGUCGCUGCCCAUGGUGCCAAGCAGUGGACCACCAUUGCUGCUAGAUCAGGUUUAUCGCGUUGUGCUAAGAGCUGCAGGCUGAGAUGGAUGAAUUAUCUGAGACCAAACAUCAAGAGAGGAAACAUGUCUGACCAAGAAGAGGACUUGAUCAUCAGGCUGCAUAAACUCCUCGGAAAUAGGUGGUCGUUGAUAGCAGCUAGGUUACCAGGUCGAACAGACAAUGAGAUCAAGAACUAUUGGAACCAUCAUCUCCGCAAGAAGUCAUGGGAGAAAAGGGUAUUGGUUGCAGGGAUUUCGAGCGAAGAAAUGGCCUCCAAGAGUGCUCAGCAAACUGCAGAAGAGAAGGAAACAAGUGUUGGUAGCAAAGUUGUGGAGAAAUCAAAGGAAUCAGAAGCCAGGAUUGAUGAUUUUGAUGAUUUCUUUGAUUUCUCUAAUGAGAAUCCCUCCACUUUGGAGUGGGUAACCAAAUUUAUCGAGUUUGGUGGAUUUUAGUUGUUUUUCAUGUUUGAAGUCUGUUUCUGGGCCUUCUUGAAUUUUGUCGAACUAUUGACACAAACCAAGGUGUGUAAACGGACAUUUAUCA